ACCAAACUUUGUACUAUAUCUUUACUUUGUUUGAUUAUGGGCCAUAAGUAUGCCUAUAUUUGUGAUAAAAUGCUCUAAUCCCUUCAAACUGUAGACACGCAGUCGACUUUUGCCGCUCAAGCAGGGAUUUUAAUCAGCAUUUAUGGUAAUUUCGAGUGUGAUAAGACUAUAUUGAUGAUAUAGUACGAGAAAUUCUCUGCUAUAAAGGAACACUUUCAGCCUAUAUGGACAGGGUAUGGAAUAUUAGACAACGACACAUUUUACAAAUGCCUCGAUUUGUGCCUGUAACCGACCCAGAAGUUCCAAGGUCCGAGCAGGAUAUACAUUAUGACAGUCUAAUAAAACACAGAAAAUGGGAUAAUCCACACAGUCUUGUCAAGGACAAGGUUAAAAAAACAGACUAUAAACAUUCCCCCAAAAAAAGUGAAAGCCAUUAUCGCAACCUCGCUCAUAGGGAUAAGUUUGAUUAUGUAGCUCCAAAAAGAAAAAGAUAUGAGACACACAACAAAGAUGUAAAGAAGGAAGAUUCUAAAUUUAAGGACGAAAGUAGAAAGGAUUCAGAAUCUAAAAGUGCAAAAUUUGACAAAAUUAGUGCUAAAAAGUCUGCAGAUGCAGAGAGGAAACUAAUGGAGUCCAUGGGUUUCCCAUCAAGAUUUGCUUGAUUU